AUGAGCAACAACUGUGUCCGUGAUUGUCCCUCAUGUAAGACGGGGUAUAUCAUGAGCUAUGACCUACACGCGAUAUGCAAAUCCUGCCUGGGGCCAGAGCACGCGUACGCGGCUCUCAGCCAGCAGGUCGCUUGUUCGCAUUGUGCCCGUCUCCCGUCAGCCGACAGGAAGCGAAGAGCGGACGCUCUAGCUGCUGCGGCUGAGGAGGACGAUUGGCCCGUCCAGGAGCACAGGGACAACAGACUGUCUCUGGAGCCGAGUGCUGGGCAGGAGUCGGACGACUCCUACCCCGUCUCCCUCCAUGGCCAUGCGGCUCUCCCCUCCCCCCCGGACGGGAGCGAGGUGGAGGGAUUCACUGAGGAGGGUUUCCCCACCACCCCCGCUCUGGAUCCGAGCUUGACGGCGUUUUUUGGGGUUAGGCAGGCCAACUUGAUCGCCGGACGGCGCCCUACGUUGGCCUCCCCAAAGGACCAGUAUGUCGCCCGCCAGGCUGACCGGGCGCACCAAUGUGCGGUUCAGGCGUCUGCGGUGGCAAAUAACAUCGCGUUGCUGGCCAACUCGGUGGUUACGCUGGUGGAGCGGCCCACCACCGUGGCUCCAGAGGAGGCGGAGGAGAUCGGCAAGGCGGCCAGCACGGCGCUCACGCUGUGCGCAUACGUGGCUGUCUCCCAGGCGAGGAUCGAAGCGUGGAUGACGCAGAUCCAGCGCCACCUCUGGCUGCAACAGGCGGCUGUUACAGAGCCGGCCAGGAAGGUCUUGCUGGACGCUCCGAUCAGCUCGGAAGGGCUGUUCGGACCCCAGUUUUUGGCCAUGGUAGAGUCCAUGAAAGCGGCAGCGGAGCAGGUGGAUGAUAUCCGCCAGCACGUUGGCUGGCUCCAGCCUGCGGCGAAGCCGCAGCGGCACCAGCGGCAGGCAGAGAGACAGCCGAGGCGGCAGACUCGCCCGUCGGCGGCGGCAGGGGCACCGUCCCGAACCUCCGCCCCCCCACCAGAAAAGAAAAAAGAAAAGUACUCCCGUUCGUCGUCUGCUCCACGAGAGCCGCCGAGGAAGCAGAGCCGGCCCUGACGGUUUGGGGGGGAGUGUGAAGGAAAUAAAAGAAGCUUAAUUUCCAACCUUUUGUCAUCAGUUUCAAAUGGGUUUCACAUAUCCCCCACUCUGGGUGAACCAGCUGCCUAUGACCUAUCGGUUAAUAGCCAGCAGGGUUCGUUACAAAAGCCUGCACAUUUUAAUCUAUCGGUUAAUAAGUUACAGAGCGCAGUAACUACGCCAGCUGCCUCCAAUCUGUUGAUUAGUAGGCAGCGGGGUUCGCUGCGGGGGCCUGAUGGUUAUAACUUUUCGGUUAUUAAACCACAGACCUCGCGGCAUUCCUCUGUCCGAGAUCUGCCACCUACACACGGUCACAAUAAGCCCAUGAGCGCCGUGGUAACGCCUCAUGUGGAUAUCACUGCACACACCUCCACUCAUCCUCUGAGCGUGUACGC